AUGCAAAGUACUGGUACAGGUGCCAAGGGCUUCAUCGAUCUGCUAGAUGCCCAGUCUGAGAUUAAGCCCUCCGGCUUCCAGAACCGGGUCAAGGCUUCGGGGGCACGGGAUUAUGGCGAAGAUGUUGCUGACAGGAACAUUGGCGAGAACGGCGUUGACCUGACGUCCGAGAGGGUCCAGGCAUUCUAUGCAUCGGCUACCAACCCGCCAGUUCAACAUCCCAAAAAGGAGUCGUCCAAGCAAUCCGGACGCCACGAGUCUCUUGGUAACGAAGGCCGCACAAAGUCGUUGACCACGUCUAGCGGCCAAGUCCCGUUCCGGACCACCAUGUUCAACCCCGAGAGCUCUCUCAGCCGCGAACCAAUCAUGGAGUCCGUUGCCGAGUCUGCGGAGGCAAUCGCUGGGCGCCUACAUCCCGACCGCGCCAUCGUCAUUCAUUCCGGCCGGACCCUUGAAUAG